GUCAACAACGUGGGCGUUUCAUAUGUUUAUCCUGAAUAUUUUCUUGAUGUUCCAGACCUGGAUAUGGUAAUCGACAAAAUGGUCAACAUUAACAUCAUGUCUGUUUGUAAGAUGACACGAUUGGUGCUGCCCGGCAUGCUGGAAAGAUCAAAAGGGGUAAUCCUGAAUAUCUCCUCAGCUGCUGGGAUGUAUCCAACUCCACUGCUGACUCUUUACUCCGCAACCAAGGCUUUUGUGGAUUACUUCUCCCGAGGCCUCCAUGCAGAAUACAAGAGCAAGGGCAUCAUUGUGCAGAGUGUACUGCCGUAUUAUGUGGCAACAAAAAUGUCCAAAAUCCGCAAGCCGACCUUCGAUAAGCCCAGUCCUGAAACCUACGUCAGAGCUGCCCUGGGCACGGUAGGCCUGCAGUCCCAGACCAACGGGUGCCUACCCCACGCGCUCAUGGGAUGGAUCUUCUCUCUUCUACCGACACCUGCUGUCAUUAAUUUACUCAUGAAAACAAACAAACAGGUACGGGCUCGUUAUUUGAGAAAAAUGAAAGAGAAAUAUUACCGGGGGGGGGAAGCGCUUCAGACUAAAAUUGCACCGUGCUUUAAGAAAUACAUGGACUUGAUCAGACAUGGCGCCGUGGAGGAGCAGCUUGGUUAUACAGCAUCCGUCGCAUCUCCGUGUAUUGUGCGCGUGGGUGGAGGGCGGAAAAAUGUUAGUUCCUGGGCAG